AUGGACUGUUGUUUUAAAGGACAGUUAUGGAUUUUCGGACUCGUGGCAGUGUUGGCUGCUCUAACAUCGGCCUGGAAUCCGCCGCCUGUGGUCGUUGGCCUUUGUAAACAACCUUCCAUCAUUGGGAACCUGAACCCACAACAAUUUUUCAAUAAGAAGUGGUACAUUUGGAAGAGCCACGGAGGAACCAUCUUUGACAGAACUGGAUCCUGUGCCGGCUUCGACAGUAAGACCCACGGCAACAAAGUAGAGAUCCUCAACUUCCAAUACGAGCCUCUGUUUGGAAAAUAUUUGACAGCAAAAGGAGAAGCCAAUACUGACUUUAUUCAGAUGGAAGGCCUAAAUUUUCCAGUAGAUUACAGUAUAGGAGGACUUAACUUUACUCUGGGCUACAACAUCCUCGGAACAGACUAUGAGAAUUGGGCUGCUGUCUACCUCUGCCAGCAACUGAUUGGUAUGAAGAUAGAACGGUCCUGGUUGCUGGUGAGAGACAAAGAAGCAACCUUAACACCUGAGCAACAGGCGGCGAUAUCGAAGAGCAUUUCCAACGUCGCGUUCAGAAUGGAAGACUACGAAUUCAAGUACAACCGUAACUGUGGAUCAGGUGAACCAUCUCUCUAACUCUUCGAAGCCUCUCCAUAUGUUAAUAAUUACAUAACUAAUCCCUCUAAUUUUAUAAGUUAUCAUCGACUGCCUGAAAGAUCUUUCAUUGUAUAAUUUACUGACUGAGUGUGUGAUAAAUAUGCCAAUAAUGAAUAUUUUGUAUAAUAUAUUUUUUAUUGUUUCCUCAAUUCAAUGAAUGUAUGUGAUGCAGAG